UUUUUUUUGGUGUGUGUGGUUGCCCUAUGAUGGUUACUGUAUUUAAAAUAUGAUUUUGUUUAUUUGUGCGCGUUUUUACUAUCAUUUAUAAACGUUUAAAUUGAAUAUAAACGUAUAUUCAUUGCGAUUGUUCCAACGAAUGCCUUUAUUUUGAAGGAAACAUUAGGGAAAUACUGUAAUAUCCUAAGAAAUGAAACCAGAACGGGAAGUAGUGACAUUGGUUAGUGCAAUUGGGAUCUAAUGCUUCACUUCAACUAUGUUCGGAAAUCGGAUUUGAGUUUGCGUACGGUUAUAUUAUAUGUAUAUAUCACUUGUUUCGUUACAGUAAUUUCCAUUGCGUGACGUUAUUCCGACAGUCAGGCUCAAAACAGGCUCAAAUUAAAAAUAAAUUCCCGUGCAGCUGAGUGUUCCCCAGUUUGUAAUAUGGCGUUUUUUCCGUCUCCUUCUAUAACUUGAUGUCUGCAUGUACUCGUUAACACGCAAACAUUAUUUCAUUCUAGGACCUGAAAUCCAAUGGGAGUCCAGGGUCUGACAACCUACGUGGAGGGGAACAAACACUUCUUCCAAGACGUCAAGUUCAGGGACAGUCGCCUGGUAAUUGACGGCUGCAGUCUGUAUUACCGCCUGUACUUCAGCCACGGGUUAGAUCAGCAGCAUGGAGGGGACUACGAUGCGUUUACUCUUCUGCUCGUCCGGUUCCUUUCUGCACUGGCAGAAUGCAACAUACAGCCAUAUGUGGUCCUGGACGGAGGCAUGGACCCCAGCGACAAGAAGUUUGCGACUCUGCGGCAGCGUCUGCAGUCCAAGAUAAAGGAGGCGGACAGUCUCUCUCAUGGCCGCGGUGGUUGUAUUCUCCCCAUCGUCACAAGGCCAGUGUUCAUCCAGGUCCUCAUCCAGAGAGGAGUCCCGCUGGUGCAGUGCCCAGCCGAGGCUGACAGGGAGAUUGCAUGUUUGGCGCACCACUGGAAUUGUCCGGUCCUGAGCAGCGACAGUGACUUUUAUAUCUUCGACCUUCCAGGAGGAUACUUUCCAUUCCAAUUUUUCCACUGGGACAACCUUAAUGGGAAAGCCUUUCACCGCUACAUCUCAGCUCGGCACUACACCACCAGCAGAUUCCGUGGAACACAUGGGGGCAUAUGCAGUAACAUGCUCGCUUUGAGUGCUGUCCUGACCGGUAAUGACUAUUGUGUUCCAAAAGAAGCUGAAAUAGUCCGUGCUAUGUUAGAAGAGAGUGGAGUGUGUGGCAGGGGUAAAGGCAGAGGACCCCGUAUCGAGGGCAUCCUCGUCUGGCUGUCCAACUUUUCACAUUUUGGAGAGGCCCUGGAGGAAUUGGGCAUGCUGAUGGGAAACGAAAGCGGUAGGGGCAGGAGAGGACACAACCCUCAGCUGAGCCACCAGCUGUUGGCAGGUAUGGAGGAAUAUAGCAUCAAUCCUCAAAGCUGUCUGGCUCAUUGGUUCUCUGGAGGUGAGGCUUUCCCAGCAGUGCAGACCACUGGGCCAGCACAGCUGCCAGACUGUCUGUCGCUGGCUGCAGCACAGGGCAUGUUGGCUCCUUUUGCGGUUGAUGCUUUGGUGAUGCGCAGGGUCAUGCUUAUUGCACAGGUGGAGAACAGUAGGUGUGCCAGCAGCCACAGCAGUUCUAGGGCCAUACGUCAGGCUAUAUAUGGGAUAUUACUGCGGAGGACGCAAGACAACGCUGGUCAAGGGCGAGGUGGGGGUGCACAUCAAGUGAGCGGCACGCAGGGCGUGGGAGGAGGCAGAGGGCGGGGAGGAAGGGGAAGGGGAGGACGGGGUCAGGGCCACAUUGUCCCUGCAGAUGCAGCAUGUAGCAAGGGACAAGCUGCUAGUGCAUCUACAGGACAGCCUCAGGUUGUCAGCGCACCCAUCUAUGUGGAAGAGUAUGACCGCUUGGACGUAACCUUGAAGAAAAGUGAAGUGGAGGCACUUCCACCUAGAAACCACAUACAGCUGGAUAGAAUUGACCAGACUCCUGUGGCAGUGCGACUCGGCGCCCUGUUAGAAGUCCUGGGUGUGAAGCAGUCUUCCCUGGCUGCCGUUCCCCUCCAUCUCCAGUUGGCCGUAGCAGUGACGGGGUUCUGGCUGCGCGAGACCAAUCCCUCACAGCUGAAGCUGCAGGCUUUGGUGCUAGGUAUGGUUUAUGGAGAGCUGUCCUGGAGCAAUCAGCCUAGAGCUGCCCACAACCAACACGCUGUCCCGCAGCUAAACUGGGCUGCAGAGCGUAACGUGUGGGCGAAGCUGAGUCAGCAACGCUUGAGACCAGGGAAGAGACGGCCCGUGGACGCCGGUGUGGCUCACAGUUUCAGCCAGUGGCAGGCCUGCCUCUGGAGUGCACUGUGUCUCAAUCAGCUGUUGCUGCUGCCGCUGCCUGACCCGCAGCUGUCAUGGUUGUUCAGCGGGUCGUUGGUGUGCGGCCUCUUCAGGUACCUGCAAGCGGGCCAUGCGGCCGAGUCCCUGCUAGAUGGAGGACCCUCUUCUGGACGAUUCUACUCCUUCCUGAUGUAUGCUGUGAGGGACUGCAUCUCCAGAGACAAUCCCUCCUCUGCUGCAUCAAGGGGGAACGGCAGGGGCAGAGGCCGGGGAAGGGGAAGGGGAAGGGGAAGGGGAGGGGGGAGAGGAAGGGGAGGACGAGGUGGAGGUGGAAGGGGGGCUCAGGGAGUGGGGAGAGACACCGAUGAGAUGAACAACAGGUUUGCUCUCCUCAUGAGUGAGGAAGAGGCUGAUGAUUAUUGACAGGAGGCGGACUGAUGUAAAAUGUUUGCGGGGGGGGGGGGGGGGGGGGCGGGCAUGCUACUCGCUCAAACCAUAGCAAAUUAACCACUGCAUAGAGCAGUACUGCACUGGUGUAACGUCCCACAAAGCUUUUUCAGAUUUUCAGAUUUCCAUUUACUCAAAGCGACUUUACCGUAACUAAUUUCAAGUAUCAUUUUUGUUCAGUCAUGUCAACAGCGAAUGUAGAGAAAAUCUCCGUUGAAUGGCAGCUAAUACCAGUGUAACGAUCAAACUUUGAUGUCAUUUAAUGUCUUAAUGUCUAUGAAUCUGGUGCCCUCGCAUUGUAUGCCAAUUUUUUUAAUACAGAAAAAUGCAAAACAGUUUUUAUGAAGUUUUUCACUUUUAGCUGUUUUUUUUUUGUUUUUUUAAAACUUGUAAUUAAAUCGUGACUGGGAAUAAAAUAUUUAUGCCUUCCUUUUACACUGCAGAGUAUUACAGACAACAUUACCAAAGGACCAAUGUUAAAUAAAGCACACAUGGAAAGUU